AUGGCAACUGCUGGUGGAGGUCGUUGUCGUUGAGCUUCUUCGGCAGAGAUUGCUUCUGGCUGCAGCUGAAGCUUGUUUCGCUGGUCCAUGCGGCUGCGAACGUAGACCAGAUCUCUCUGCUCGUCCCUGAAGGCAAGAUAGGCCACGACAUAUUUGUUGAGCACUCGCGAGAAGCCUACGUGGUGCACGGCGACGGGAGCACGAAAUUCGUACAAGCCAACCUUUGUAGAGACAAGAUGGUCAUGGCUUCGAUCGCAAGACUGUACAAGCCCGGAGCUUUCGUGGGUGCCGUAGCAUGGGUUGCGGUUUCCGAGGCAUUGGGCGUUCCGGUGAACGUGGUUCACCCCAUGGACAUUACGGCGAGGAAGAGGAUGGACUUGGGGCUUGUCAAAGAUGGCGCGGGGCAGGAGGUGGAUGGAGAGGGAUAUCAAUGGAGUUGCUCCCACCGCCCACAGAAGACCCACCUGUGGCUUUUGCCUGACGCCGGAGGAAUGGCUCGUGAAGAAGUGAACAUCAUCGUGGUGAAAAGCUCCCCGGCCCUGGAAAACCCCACCGAAGAGCAACUGCAAACUGUGGGGGAGGUGCAAAACGACACUCCAAACAUCGACGAUACGACCGACCAUUUUGCGGCCGUUGUGGUGAAGGAUGGCACCACACUUCUGUGCCCCAUACAUUUGAUUGCUCCCCGGCAGAGAGCAGCCGACGACGCGAGUGGUAAGGAGGGCUACGACAAGCGGGUUCUUGCAUGCAAGGAACAACAGGCCGUUCGAGAACGACAAGCCGCUGGUGUGCAAGCUGGCAGUGACAGUGACAGUGACACAGUGGCGACCGACACGACGGCGUCAGAGGUGGUGGCGGCGAAGGUGGUGUGGCGUUGUUUGCGCUGGUGGUGUGCAGGACAGGACGCCAAGCGAGAGCAGCAAUUCCGCCAGAGUAAGAAGCAGCAAGGUGCAGUACGCUCACACCCUCGUCCAGAUGACGGAGGGUCCGGAGAAGCAGCCACCCGGCCGUUGCGGCCCCUUCUUGCUGCCGCCCCUUCUGCUCCUACUUCUCACUUUCUUUCUGGGGUGCAGCUCUGCACGAUCUGCACAUCGGUCGUCGAAGGGAAUCGUUGCCCGAACAUACGCUGGUGUGGUGGCAUUGGCUAAGAUGAUGCUUGCGGCUUUGAUGGCGGCGGUCCAGCACCUAGCUCUAGCCUCUAGUGGUGUUGCUGUGCUGGAAGCGGUGGUGGCAGGGGCGCCAGACUUUCCUGAAUCCUCGGGGUUCAACGUGUCAUCGGAGGAGGAAGAAGGCCAGUGGGCGGGGUAUUUACAAUUGGAGGGAGUAGACAAUGGCAGUUU